ACCGUCCAAAAGAGGAAGUGUGGCUUUUAAAUUUAACGUUUUAAAUCUAUGAUACUUUACAAACAGAACAUACAUGUAAUGGACAAAUAAUGGAAGGGAGAAAGUAAUACUCCACUAAAUAACAGCCAAGAAAACACAAAUGCCACGUACUUUGUGGUCUUCUCAUUCUGAGAAGGGGGCGACUCCCUCUCUUCAGUCAGUUUGUCUGGACAUCUCCUUUCCUAUAUAUAACCACUUUUUUUCUUCAGGCUCAGCUGUAUACUACUUCUCUAUCAAUCCUUCGAUUUUCAGAUGGAGCAUAAUGAAAAGGGUGGUGCGGCAGUGACAGUGACAGUUCCGGCAGCAGAGAUUGUGAAUGGAGGCGGAGUAUCAAAGAAGGUGCAUUAUAGGGGAGUGAGGAAGAGGCCGUGGGGGAGAUAUGCUGCUGAGAUCAGAGAUCCUCUCAAAAAUUCUCGUGUGUGGUUGGGGACAUUUGAUACAGCGGAGGAAGCUGCCAGAGUUUAUGAUGCUGCGGCAAGGGAGUUUCGCGGUACAAAGGCCAAGACCAAUUUUCCUCCUCCGGCAGUUAUUAAGGACUCGUCGCCGGCACCGUUGAAUCUUAACCUCGGAAGUGGGUCUUCCGUUGGUAGUGCGAGGAGUUUCACGUAUCUGAAACAGAACAACCUCAACCUCGGCGGUGGGUCCUCCGUUGGUAGUGCGGCGAGUUUCACGUAUCUGAAACAGAACUAUCAGUUUCGUCAUGUUCCUGCUGCCGGAGGUUUUGCUCCGCCAUCGGCGCGUGAUUAUCAGUAUUUAGAGGCUUUAACUGGAGCUGAAGUGAGUAAUCGCGACCCCAGUAGCCAAAGAGGGACGGUUGCUUUCUUAGGUGGCGGCGAUAGCGUCAGUGGGUGUGGAAUUCCGACUGAGUCAGAAUCAUCGUCGGUGCUAAACUACAACUUUAACGAUCUAAAUCAACCAACCAUCACCACCAACUGUCUAAAUCUGGACCUCAACCUUCCACCGCCGGAUUACAUGUGAAAAGGCGACAAUUUUUCAUCGGGAAUUAAUGUGUAUGCAUCUCCAUUUUUAAAAAUAAAAAAUAAAAUUAGUCGUAGUUUCCUUUUAAA